ACAUCCGGUGCGGUACAUCGGAGGCCAAGCAGCUCUUUGCGCGGUGUUCACCCACCGCCGCCUCGUGUCUCCCAAUUCCGUCUCGUUCUGCAGUGAUUCCACACCGCAGGUGGGCAGCCAUGAUGGCGUGCGCCCUCGCCGUCGCCUGGCCUGCAGCGUCUCUCGCGCCAUCCGGCAAGAGGAACCUCUCCGGCGGCCGUCCCCCAUGGCUGCCGUCUCCCAGACCUUCAGGCAGCAGAAGGGCGUCACUGCUGCUGCCCCGCCGGCGCUCGCAGAAGACGGCGUUCGUGGUGGGUGGUGCCGCGAGCUUUUGCACGGCCUCGCUGAAGCGAUCGCCGAGAAUGCGAGGCCACGGAGAACAGGUUUGUGCAACGCGGAGGAGACGGGCGGACAUCCAGUCGGACACGUACGUGCUGAUGGAACCCGGCAUGGAUGAGGCGUUCGUGUCCAGGGAGGAGCUGGAGGAGAGGCUCAAGGGCUGGCUCAAGAACUGGCCCAGGGACACCCUGCCCCCAGACCUUGCCAGGUUCGGCACGGUCGACGAGGCCGUCUCGUACCUCGUCAGGUCCGUGUGCGUGCUCGAGAUCGACGGAGACGUUGGUUCCGUGGAGUGGUACCAGGUCCAGCUGGACUAGUUGCCGCCCUAGAUUGGAUGUAUAGCGCUGAGAAACCCAUUGAGAGCCUUUUUUUUCACGCCCCUCAACUUCUCGCCUCUGGACGGCCGCCCAAUAUGCAGAUAUGGCGACGCGAACCGUGACUCCGUGAGCUUACCCCUCCUUUGCGGUCUCCUACCAGUGAGGACUUGUUUUCUCAAAAAAUUCCUUCCGCUCUAGAUUAAGAACUACUCUAGAUCGGCACGCCUUUGGUAGGAGACCUCGAAGAAUCCUUUAAUCAGCAUCUUGAAUAUUUCAUGUAGUUAGCUUGAUCAUAAUUGUUCAUAUUUGUGCAACUAAACAACACGGCUGGAAGUCUUUGACUUUCUAA